AAAGCUUCCGGAGAGCCAUGGUUGGUCCAGGCAGGCAAUCGGAGCACCUCGUGGAGAGGCUGCGAACCGGGGGUGGAGUGAGGUGGGGUGGGGGGGUCUGUUUGUAGUACUCUCAGUCCUGAUGUCACAGGCUCGGCAAGGACAUCGCAAGGAGGAGUCGGAUUACAGUAAGGAUGGGCAGUGCAGCAGGCAGCCCSAGCGCACGCUCCAGCCGCCGGGGACCAUAGCCCUGGACAGGCAGCCCGUGAGGCGCUUAUCCCGCGGAGGAGGCAAGCUGGGCGCUCACUGCUYGCCGCGCUGGGGACGUUUCCGCCGAGUGUAGCAUGAAACGGCUCUGCUCUGCGUGUCAGCCUGGGGUGCGAGCUGAUGCUGAAGACGCCGCGGUGGGGUUUCAGCUGUCUGAUUAAUGAGAAACAUAAUGUAUUUUGGUGGUACAUGCCAGAGUCCUGCUCUCCCAGCCCUGGUCCGUCCACCAGCCCCUCCUUUGCAACCAUCGCUGGAUAUUAAACCAUUUCUUCCCUUUCCUCUUGACACUGCGGCUGCAGUCAACCUCUUCCCCAAUUUUAAUGCAAUGGACCCGAUUCAGAAAGCUGUAAUAAAUCAUACAUUCGGGGUUCCUCUUCCUCAUCGAAGAAAGCAAAUCAUAUCAUGCAACAUUUGCCAGUUGAGAUUUAAUUCCGAUAGCCAGGCUGCGGCCCACUACAAAGGCACGAAACAUGCCAAGAAGCUCAAAGCACUGGAAGCCAUGAAAAAUAAGCAGAAAUCUGUAACUGCCAAGGACAGCGCAAAGACUACCUUCACCACCAUCACUACCAAUACCAUCAAUACCAGCUCUGACAAAACAGACAGUACCGCAGGGACACCAGCAAUAUCAACGUCGACAAGUGUGGAAAUCCGCAAAAGCAGUGUUAUGACACCUGAGAUCACCUCUAAAGUGGAGAAGAGCCCCACGACAGCCACCGGCAACAGCUCGUGUCCUUCCACGGAGACUGAGGAAGAAAAGGCAAAACGGCUUCUUUACUGUUCGCUAUGCAAGGUCGCUGUCAACUCCGCCUCACAGCUGGAGGCRCACAACAGUGGUACUAAGCACAAAACCAUGCUAGAAGCYCGAAAUGGAAGUGGGACUAUCAAAGCCUUUCCUCGGGCAGGAGUGAAAGGCAAAGGACCUGUCAAUAAGGGAAACACGGGACUCCAGAACAAAACGUUUCACUGUGAAAUCUGUGAUGUGCAUGUCAACUCAGAAACACAACUAAAACAGCACAUUAGCAGUAGAAGGCACAAAGACAGAGCUGCUGGGAAGCCCCCCAAACCGAAAUACAGUCCUUACAACAAACUACAAAAGACAGCACAUCCACUGGGGGUGAAAUUAGUAUUUUCAAAAGAACCUUCAAAGCCAUUGGCUCCCAGAAUUCUACCCAACCCCCUGGCAGCUGCAGCAGCUGCUGCAGCUGUGGCAGUGAAUUCUCCCUUCAGUCUCCGAACUACUCCAGCAGCCACGCUGUUCCAGACCUCUGCCCUCCCUCCAGCACUCCUGCGGCCAGCKCCAGGACCCAUUCGGACCACCCACACUCCUGUGCUGUUUGCUCCCUACUGAAUUCCAAACAGGAGUCAUUGUACUGCAAUAAUUUUUCAAAAAACAAAAACAAAACAAAAAAAAAGAAAAAAAAGUAAAACAAAAGAGAACUAUGCAGUGUUUAUUUAUAGUUUAAAGUAUAUCUGAAGAGCCAGGACUUUUGAUAGUGAAAUGAAAAGAUUAUUAAAAAAAAAAAAAAACAGGGCGGGAGGGGUUUGGGGGGGAGGGAGGGUGUGGUAUUUUCUCCAAAUUAAAGCAUUCCUCUUGAACAUUGAUUGUUUUAGAAGUGAUCUCCAGCAUUGACUUGUAGUGGUAUCUAGAACUUCUGAAGCCUCUGUGACUGUGCUUUUGGGCACCCAUUUCUCCUGCGUUGUCUUUUCUGCUUUACAAAACAACUAUACAUUGUCUAAGGGCAUUAACUGGUUCCAAUGUAUAUAUAAUAAUUUACUCUGUAGAUUAAAAUAAUAUGAAAAAAAAGAAAAAAAAACAUAAAAAACAAAAGCAACACUGUGAAUAGUAGUACCCCRUGCUGGUCCUCUUGCUAUGACAGCAGUUACUGGGUAUUUAUCCCAACAAAAGUAGAUACAGUAGAUGUCUUGUAAAACAAUAGUGCUGUGUCUCAAUCUAUGCCAUUAGGUUCUAAAGAAUCGCAAAAAGGUAGAACGAACAACUAUUUCAUACCAAUAAGCAGUAAAACAAUAAACACCAGAUGGUGUCAAAGGGGCCUCUCUGGUUAGCAUUUUCCCCCACACCUCUCCAGCGUGGAGUUAGAACAGGGCUAUGCUUAGAGGYGGGAAAGGCAUUCAUAAUGAUAAAUUUUUUACCAAACACUAAUUCCCCAYCCUGAAGAGAUAUUGCUGGAGACAGGGAAGCAUGUGUAAUGAGUCUUUGUCUGAACACAGAUAAACCCAUGUAUCAUGGGUGUUUAGAAAGAAAUCAGUGCAACUAUUCAGUUUCAAGGAUAAGGAGAAAUAUCAACCUCAGAUUAAAUGCUAAGUCUUUCAUGUCAGUGCAUAUCUGAUAAAAACAGAGAAUAUUGCAUCUCUGCAAUAUCCCCUUUAUAUCAUACCAGUAGGGUUGUCUCAAAGAUUUCUCUCUUCUUUAAGUAUUGAUGGUAGAAUUAAGCAUUAGCUAACGUUAUGGGUUUAUUGUUUUUUAGAUUUCCUACUGAGAUGAUAUAAACUAUUAAUAUAUAUUUAAAUGUUAGUAACAACAAUAAAAAUGAAUCUGAGUUAAUUGCACAAUGAUGACGUAAUGUUAAAAAAUACUGGUAAGGUCCACUAGACCAUCAUUUCUCCAGUGGAGUUGUAAAAUUCUGAUAGCCUUUGAGAUUCACCAWAAAGCUGAAAGAAGUUGAUGUUUUACCUUUAAAACAAGAUUUAUCAGGGGUAUAUAUAAAUAUAUGUAUAUUGUAUAUAUGUUAGAAAGAUUAAGAGAAUAACUUAUAAAAAGAAAAUCUAUAUAAAAUAAUUCUAUAACCAUUCAGUGUUACAUGUUAUCAUUAAAUUGGUAACAAAUGGCAUAAAAUAGCUGUGCCUUUAAUUUGUGAUAAAGGCUAUUUGCUUUUUCCCAUAGAAAGCUGACAUAUACCUAUCAAUAUGGUGGGAUUUGAUGCAGCCAAUCUGUUGCAUUGAGAAGAACAAUGGCACUCAAUCUUAGAGCAAGGACAAAACAUGUACAAAUCAAUCCUAUGUGAUUUAGAGAAAAAAAAUAUUUUUGGAAAGGUUUUGUAAAGACUAUUUAAAAAUAUAGGGAAGGGCUAGGUGUGGCCUUCUUAAAACUGCUCUUAUCUAAACUAGUAACCUUUAGAGAGAGGUAUAAAGAAUCAACAUGAAACCAUUGGAAAGAUAGGUAUUUAUCAUUCGUCAUUUUAUAUUUAAAAACAUCCAUUAGCGUGCUUGGUGCUCAACAUUAAACAUGGUCUUUGGAGUACAUCUCCAUUAUCUAGCUAUAGAAAUUUGUCAUAUAAGUGUGUCUUUAAAGCUGUUGUUAUAUAUUAUUUUGUUAAACAACCAAAUGAAACAAAAAAAAAAAAAA